AAAAUUUCGUUCCCCAAACCCCAUGAAAAGGGGAUAACCAAAUUGAAGUGCAGCCAUUGAUGGCGCUUCAAUCCUUCACCCUCAAACUCUCUCCAUUUUUCAUUCUCCGGUCGCUCGCCGGAGCUCCAAAUGCUUCGAAACUCCACUUCCAAUACCGCCGCCUGCCGCGGUUCCCGGCGAGGGCGUUUAAUUCAACGGCCGGCGCCGCCGCGCUGGAGCCGGCCACCGCCACUCCUGAUGAAAGCAAAGCUGUGAAGCCGCUUCAAUGGAAAGCAGCCAUAGAUUUCAAGUGGAUUAGGGAUAACACGGAAGCGGUUGCGGCGAACAUCAAGAGCCGCAACUCGAAUGCUAACCUCGACGUUGUUCUUCAGCUUUAUGAGAAAUUGUUGAAUCUUCAGAAGGAGGUAGACAGGCUUCGUGCCGAGAGAAAUGUAGUUGCAAACAAGAUGAAGGCGAAGUUGGAACCUACCGAGCGUCAGAAACUGAUCGAAGAAGGAAAGAAUUUGAAGGACGGGCUUGUUAAUCUUGAAGAAGAUCUGCUGAAACUAACCGAUGAACUUCAAAAGGAAGCGCAGUCAGUGCCAAAUAUGACUCAUCCCGACGUUCCAAUAGGAGGAGAAGAUUGCUCGGCAGUGAAAAAACUGGUUGGCGAGCGCCGUGAAUUUAGCUUCACCAUUAAAGAUCACAUGCAGCUCGGAAAAGAUUUGGAUUUGUUCGAUUUCGAUGCUGCUUCCGAGGUGAGCGGUUCGAAAUUCUACUACCUGAAGAACGAAGCCGUGUUAUUGGAGAUGGCACUUAUCAACUGGGCGGUGUCGGAAGCCAUGAAAAGGGGCUAUACACCUCUUACGACGCCGGAACUCGUUCGAUCGUCGGUGGUUGAAAAAUGCGGCUUCCAGCCGCGCGGCACCAACACACAGGUCUAUUCAAUCGACGGCACGGAUCAGUGCCUGAUCGGUACAGCCGAGAUUCCGGUUGGUGGAAUCCACAUGGACUCGAUUCUCCCUGAAGCGUCGCUACCUCUGAAAUACGUUGCCGUCUCCCAUUGCUUUCGAACUGAAGCCGGGGCUGCCGGCACUGCGACUCGGGGGCUUUAUCGCGUCCACCAGUUUAGCAAAGUCGAGAUGUUCGUCUUGUGCCAUCCCGACGACAGCGAUUCGUUCCACGGAGAACUUAUCGGAAUCGAAGAACAGCUCUUCUCGUCGUUGGGGCUUCAUUUUAAAAUAAUGGACAUGGCGACGGAGGAUCUCGGCGCGCCGGCCUACCGGAAAUUUGACGUCGAGGCAUGGAUGCCGGGUCUGGGUCGAUACGGCGAGAUAUCGAGUGCUUCGAAUUGCACGGACUACCAAAGCCGGAGGCUGGGGAUUCGGUUUCGGCCGGAAUCGGGCGGCGGGAAGAAGGGGAAGGGGAGCUCCGGCGGUGGUGCCGCCACUCGGUUCGUUCAUACGCUGAACGCGACUGCGUGUGCGGUGCCAAGGAUGAUGGUGGCGCUGCUGGAGAACUACCAGGAAGAAGAUGGGUCUGUUGUUAUACCUCAGGUAUUGAGGCCUUUCAUGGCUGGCCUUCAUCUCAUUUCCCCUAAAUCCAAACCCUAAUUUUAAUUUUUUUCGAUUUUAUUUAUUUUAAAUUUUGUUUUCUAUGUUUGAUUCGAUGAUUUUUGGUACUGUGUUAUAUAUAAGUCGCAGUUUUCAUUGAAAUUUCUAAAAGAAAAUUUGAAGUUGAAUUAUGUAG